AACACUCCUCAAGAAUGCAGAGCAAAUUGUUGCAUUUCCCGAGAUGCCUCCAAGAAAUUAUUAAAAGGAAAGGAACAAAACGAGUUGGAGAUUAUUCAAGGAGGGUCCGGGGCCAUGAUUAUUGGUCAUGAUGGUAAAAUUGUAUUUAUUGGAAAUGAAGCGGAAUUAAAGAAUUGGAUUCAUGAUAUCAUCAUGGUGAUGAAAAUAAUGGAAAAUUGUUUGAACAAGAAAUUGACUGCUCGGGAAAGAGUGUCAUUCCAGGAUUGGUUGAUAGUCAUACUCAUCCUGUUUGGAGUGGUGAUCGUUGUCAUGAAUUUGUGUUAAAAUUGCAAGGAGCUACUUAUAUGGAUAUUCACAAGAUGGGAGGAGGAAUUGGAUUUACUGUUAGACAUACACGUGAAUCGAGUGAAGAUGAAUUGUUGGAUUUAUUGGUAAAGAGAUGUAAGACCAUGUUGAAGAAUGGUUCUACAUUGAUUGAAGGAAAAUCUGGUUAUGGUUUGGAAACUGAAACUGAAAUUAAAAUGUUGAAGGUUUUGCAUAGAGCCAAUAAGAAGCAUAUCGAAUUGGGAAUUCCUGAAAUUGUUAGUAAUUAUCUUGGAGGACAUUCAGUUCCAAAAGAUUCCAAUUUGCAAGCUUAUACCAAGCAAAUUCUUGAAGAACAAGUUCCUGCCCUUGCUAAAAUGAUUGAAAAGGAUGAAAUUGGUCCAACUUUGAUUGAUGUUUUCCAUGAGAAGGGAGUUUUUGAAACUGAAGAAACAAGACAAGUUCUCAAAGCAGGAAAGGAACAAUUAGGACUUGGAAUCAACUUCCACGGAGAUGAAUUGAAUCCAAUGGGAAGUGCUGAACUAGCUCAUGAAUUAGAUGCAUUGGCUGUUAGUCAUUGUGAACAUGUGAGUGAUAAGGGAAUUGAAUUGAUGGCAGAGAAGAAUAUUUGUGCAUCUCUCUUACCAACAACUGCCUAUAUUUUAAGAAUUGCUUAUCCACCUGCAAGAAAAAUGAUUGACAAUGGAGUUCCAGUUGUUUUGUCAACUGAUUACAAUCCAAAUGCUCACUGUAUGUCACUUCCAUUUGUUAUGCAUUUGAGUUGUGUGAAUAUGAGAAUGACAUUGAAUGAAGCUCUUGUUGCUUGUACUUUGAAUGCUGCUGCAUCUAUUGGAAAGUCUGCAACCCAUGGUAGUUUGGCUGUUGGAAAGGUUGGUGAUUGUGUCAUUGUUGACUCUAAGAAUUGGGAACAUAUCAUUUAUGAAUUGUGUGAUCCUCCAAUUUCUGCUGUUAUCAUGAACGGAAGUGUUGUUUAUUCCAAGUAAAUAGUUUACUAUUUG